UGGAUGUGGAUGCGCUCCCGUCACGAGCAAAGGAAAGGGAAAUCGUUGAAAAUCCCAUUCAGUGCCUUAUGCAUCCUUUUAAACUAAACGGGGGGGAAAAGUGUGUGUGUGUGGUUUGUGUGUGUUUUUCCUUUUCCUCAGCACUUCGGCUAUGUCCUCUCUGCGCAAAGCAGCCCACAGACAGACAGCGUUCACCUGAGUUUCCCCCCCUUAACCCCAACCAAGGACCUUCAUUGAAACCAGCUUCUCCACUAAGAGCCUGUUAAAACCAACCUGUCCUUUUUCUUUUCUUCUUCUAUUUUUUUUUUUAAAUUUUUUUUUAAAGAGAGAGAAACUCAGCUCAAGCUUGUGCACUUCUGGACGGAGAUCUGGAGAUGAAGACAGACUUUACGCUGUUCUGUCGGACUUGGAUUGGACUAGCAUACGCCUCAGGUCUGGUGAUAGGCUAUUCUAUGACUCCACCCGUCCUCGACAGCCCCAAAGACGAACUAGUGAUUGCAGCCCACACAACACUCACUCUUACAUGCAGGGGAUCUAAUACUCUGGCCUGGGCCUGGCCUGAUCAGACUCUGGUUGGACGAGACCUAACCCAGCGUCACUCCCAGCUGCAGACCACCUCAGCCCCCGGGCAAAGGGUGGCCUUAAUCAGCGAGUGUCCGGGGAAAUCAGAGUUGCCCUACUGCAAGACGCUUAUCCUGAAUGGGGCACAGGCCAAAGACACGGGGUACUACCGCUGCUCAUAUAAGGAUGCCAAGGCCAUCAUUGACGGCACCACUGCCAUCAGCAUUUAUGUCUUUGUCAUGGACCCAGAGCAGCCCUUCCUCAACAGUGGCAGCAUGCAGACCAUUUUCAUCAAGAGCCACUCCACGGAUGUAAUAGUGCCAUGCCUGGUCACAGUGCCUGAUCUGAAUGUCACCCUUCAAACGAUGUUGUACAAUUCCUGGCCGCUGGAGAAGGGGAGGCUGAGAUGGGACAACAAGCGAGGCUGGUCCAUUCCCAAAAACAUCAUAGACAAGGAGCCUCUCAUGAUGCUUUUUUGUGCUGCUACGCUGGGAGGCAAACCGUACAGUUCGGACAGCUACGUUUUCCACACUACAGGAAGUCAGGUUUAUGAUGUCAAGCUGUUUCCUGAGGAGCCAGUACAGCUGUUAGUGGGGGAGGCCCUCACCCUGAACUGCACAGCGAUGGUGGAGUUCAACGCAGGGGUGGACAUCCAGUGGUCUUACCCAAGCAAACAGACGAACGACUUGGUGCAAAUUACCACCCUGCGUGAAUCUCUGUCUCAAGCCACAAUGGCUUCUAGCGCCCUGACCAUCCACAGUGUCAAUGUCACAGACACCGGCCGAUACAGCUGCAAUGUUACCGGCAUGGACGGGACUUAUACCCAACAAACUCAGGUCGUAGUUCAUGAAAGACCAUUUAUCCACCUCGACUACAGAAUUGGACCGGUUGUGGAGAUAACUGCUGGCCAGAAGUCAUACAAAUUACAAGUAAAUGUCUCUGCCUUACCGGCACCCGAAACGCAAUGGUAUAAAGACGGAAAGCUGAUAAACCAGCGCCCAGAAUUCAAGAUGAAAAGGAUGAGGAUGCACCCUAAACAUGUUCUGGAGAUUAAGGAUGUUUGUCAGGAGGACUCCGGGCUGUACACGGUGGUCCUGAAAAACAACGAUGCUGGGCUGGAGAGGAAGCUCAACAUAACGCUUGUCGUCAACAUUCCCCCUCAGAUUCAUGAAAAAGAGGUGGCAGAUCCAUCCAGCCCUUACCCCAGCGGCAGCAGCCAGACGCUGACGUGCACCGCCUACGGUGUCCCCAUUCCCAACAUCAGCUGGCAGUGGAGGGCCUGGGGCCCCUGUGUCCUCAACAGCACCCAAAGCAGAGUGGCCCGACGAGACCGGAAGAGUCAGAGUGACAGGAUCGCAGAUUGUCAGAACUGGCAGGACAUUAACUCGGAGAAUGCGAUGAAUGAAAUUGAGCCGAUCGAGUCGUCUCUCGAAGUUGUGGAUGGACGAGAGAAGAGAGUGAGCAGACUUCUGAUUCGCAAUGCCAGCGUGUCCGUCAUGUACAAGUGUUCUGCUAAAAACAAAGUGGGCAAAGAUGAGCGGCUUAUCUACUUCUAUGUAACCACCAUCCCUGAGGGCUUCAAUGUAGAUGUCCAGCAGUCUGAGUAUCCCCUGGAGCAGGAGAAAGUGUCUCUCCUUUGCAGUGCUGAUAAUUACACCUAUGAGCAGCUCCACUGGUACCGUCUUGACCCUCGGGCCCUGCAGGACGAGGAGGGUAAGCCCCAGGAGCUGGACUGCAAGAGCGUGCACCUCUAUGCUGAGGCUCUCCGUGGUGAGCUCUCCUUCCAGGAGCCCUCCAACAGCUGGGUCUUGGACUUCACCAUUAACUCCAUACAGCUGCAGGAUGAAGGGCAUUACGUAUGUGAGGCUCAGAGCAGACGCAGUGGGGAGAAACAGUGCCUGUUAAGAUACAUCUCUGUCAAAGCCCUGGAGGCACCACGCUAUAAGCGCAGCCUCACCAACCAAACAGUGAAUGUGACCGAGUCUCUGACGAUGGAGUGCGACGUGGAGGGCAGACCUCUGCCCCGAUUCUUCUGGUUCAAAGACAACCAGCCUCUCCACCAAAUGUCAGGGAUCCAGCUGCAGGAUUCAAACCGCACGCUGAGUAUCCAGCGGGUCAGAGAGGAGGACGCCGGUCUUUACACCUGCACCGCCUGCAACCAGCGCGGUUGUGUCAACUCCUCAGCCGCCGUCAGCGUCAUCGGGUCAAGUGACCGGGCCAACGUGGAGAUUGUAAUUCUCAUCGGGACUGGAGUCAUCGCCGUUUUCUUCUGGGCCUUGCUCAUCCUCAUCUUCUGCAAUGUGAAGCGGGUUAACCCAGCAGACAUAAAGACAGGUUAUCUGUCAAUCAUUAUGGACCCGGGGGAGGUGCCACUGGAUGAGCAGUGUGAAUACCUGCCCUACGACUCAUCGCAGUGGGAGAUCUCCAGAGACAGACUCCGGCUAGGAAAAGUUUUAGGGCACGGUGCCUUUGGAAAAGUAAUUGAAGCAUCAAUCUACGGCAUUAGCAAGAGCAAAGGUUUGGACACGGUGGCUGUCAAGAUGCUGAAGGACGGAGCCACGGCCAGUGAACACAAAGCCUUGAUGUCAGAGUUAAAGAUACUGAUUCACAUUGGCAACCAUCUGAAUGUAGUGAACCUCCUGGGAGCCUGCACCAAACCAAAUGGCCCGCUGAUGGUGAUUGUGGAAUACUGCAAGUAUGGGAAUCUCUCCAACUUCCUACGAGCCAAGAGAGAGUUCUUCCUCCCUUACAGGGAUCGCUCUCCAAAAACCCAGAGCCAGGUGAGGCGGAUGAUUGAAGCGGGUCAGAUUGCCCAGAGUACUCGUCAACCGCCCUCUCCAUCCUCCUCCCCGCUCACCGCUCCUCAGAGUCCAUCAUCCAAUACGUCCAGUCAGACUCCCGCUGUAGAGAAAAUGGAGGACUUGUGGAAAACUCCUCUGACGAUAGAAGAUUUGAUUUGCUACAGUUUCCAGGUGGCUCGUGGGAUGGAGUUCCUGGCCUCCAGAAAGUGUAUCCACAGAGACCUGGCCGCCCGUAACAUCCUCCUAUCAGAGAACAACAUUGUGAAGAUCUGUGAUUUUGGGCUGGCCCGAGACAUUUACAAAGACCCCGACUACGUCAGGAAAGGCAACGCUCGCCUCCCUUUGAAGUGGAUGGCCCCAGAGAGCAUCUUUGACAAAUUGUACACCAGCCAGAGUGACGUGUGGUCCUUUGGAGUUCUCCUUUGGGAAAUCUUUUCACUCGGUGCAUCUCCAUAUCCGGGGGUACAGAUUGACGAAGAGUUUUGCAAGCGAUUGAAAGAGGGCGUCAGGAUGAGAGCACCAGAGACUGCCUCUCCUGAAAUAUAUGGCAUCAUGCUGGCCUGCUGGCAGGGCGAGCCAAAAGAGAGGCCCACCUUCCCCGCCUUGGUCCAGAUCCUGGGAGACCUGCUGCAGGACAACAGUCUACCUGAUGGGAAGGACUACAUCCCCCUGAACCACUCACAGAACUCUGAAGACGAUGGUUUCUCUCAAGCCUCUUCGCACCCGCCAUCUGAGGAAGAACUGAGACUCGCUUGCAACACUAUGCCCACAAGGUAUUAUAAUUGUGUGCCCUUUGCUGGCUGUGUGUUCGUGGGGCCCUCCAAAAUAUGCCAGCCCAGAGUGAAGACCUUUGAAGAGUUGCCUCUUGAGAUGCAUCCACAGAAACCUCCUCAAGACAACCAGACUGACAGCGGGAUGGUUCUGGCCUCCGAAGAAUUUGAGAGAAUUGAGCACAACCACGGGGGUGUCGUCUUGAAAAGUCGUAUGAACAGCAGCAGCAGCACGGAGCCUCUGACAGCCUCCCACAGUUCCCCGGAUCAAAGCCGUGCCACAGGCAGCUCCAGGCUCCGGCCCAACUUCUUCAGCCAGCUGUCAGGUCAGACCUUCUACAACAACGAGUACGGACACCUGUCCGAGGAGGGCUUCUGUGACUUCUACUCCUCACCAAAUACCACCUCCCCGGCCUCUUCGAAUGUGUAAUUUUACCAAAAAUGCAUAAAAAAGGGGUUUAACACAGACAGCUGAGGUUGAGGAUGGUUUGCAGUAACAUCUCAGUAUUGACAUGUAACUAGUCUUUUUUUUUUAUAUUGAAGAUCAGGUUUUAGAUUCUCAUGAUUCCUUUCUCCUCAUCUUGAAAUCCUUCCUCUCUCAGACUGUUGCCUCAACAAAUGGACUGAGCUACAUGUGCCUGAAGUUCCUCUAACCAGCCACUGCGUGGCAGCAUUAUGACAAAAAACAACCCACAAGUAUUUCCUAGUCACACAUAUAUAUAUUUUUAUCUUUUAUAUGCAGAGAAUUCUUUCUUUAUUUGAGAAAAUUAUGACUCAUACAAGAGGAAAUAAAGAACUUUAUCUCCUUCUGCUUGUUUUUUCCCCAAUGAUGAAUAUGAAUUUAGAGUUGGAUCUGUCGUAAAAGCUGUACUUCAGUGGAGUAAAGUGUCAAUUUGUGUUUUGGCCCACAGUGAGAAAGAGCCACAAGCUCUGUGAUGAUUUAGUCAGCGAAGUAAACAGAUAUUUUGGGCAUCUGUGUCAUUCAGUGGAGGUGGACACACUUAGACUCACAACAUUGCUAACAAGUAAUAAGUGACAGAGGUAAACAGAGGGAUGGAGGGCGAAUAAAAGGAGUGACUCACGGUAAGCACCUUUAUCAGAGCUGGACGUAAGCAUGAUGAUAGCUGUAACAGUUUAACGCCCUCUUACAAGCUCACAUCACAAAUGACAGCCUGCAGGGUGUUGUCCCAGGCUGCCAGCUGAGGGAAAUGAGAACCGGCUUGGUGCAAAGUCCACUUUGUAUACGCACACUGUCGCAGUUGUAAAUGUCACAAAGUCGGAGACGCAAAGGUGCCACUUUCAGCUUCUAAGAAUAAUCGUUACCAUGUUGUUCAGGUAAACUGUCAGUCGUAGGUGUAAAACUUUACAAUCUGGCCUUCAUAAUUUGACUUUUAUUACAAAUACAUUUCUUGCAGUUUAAAGAAGCGAAAAGAAAUAAAAAGAAACCUAAAAUUUUUAAAGUCAAAACUCUUUCACAGAUCACUUUCUGAGGUUGUUAUGGAAACACGAAUCACACCAGAGUAACCUUUAUCGUAACCUCUGAGGACAGCGCAGGGAUUACAGUAAUUUGAGCGUUAACGAGAAGAGGAUGGUACUCAGAGUAGAAAAACAGGUUUUAAGGUGCUUUUAAGUCAGCGAUGAUCACGGACAUAACAGGGAGUGUUGUAGUGACAACAGAAUAAAAGGAAGCGGAGGCCCGGAUGAACAGGUUUAUCCCUUUGAAAAAAAAAACCUUUAUUAAAACCACACUAAAAUUCAUUUAAAAAAAAAAUCAUAUACCAUGUAAAUAAACAAAAAUAGAAUAGAAAAAAAAAACAACCCACAGACAUUCACUAUAUUUUUGCCAUCACUGAGACUGAGUAGAAAUAAAGUGGAAAAUAGAGACUGUAGUGUAAACAAUGAUAAAUGCUGCACCGAUACUGAAACAAGCAGGAGAAACUGAAAAGCUUUCAGUGGCACAAAGAGGCUGACAAACACACGAGAGCUGGUGAUGAUCCUGUACGGUUUAACAGUAAGCCAAAAAGGCACACAGGUGGAAUACUGGAGAUAAAAACGACAGACCACGCUGCAUGACACAAAAUGCUAUUUGUACACACUACGCUUUAGAUUUUGGCCCGUCCUAUGCACGUUUUAUGAACCCUGACAAUACUUCCUUCAAACGAGGACCAAAAAUCUAAAUUGGUCUCCUAAUUUAACAACACAUCCGGCUGAGAUGAUCCUGUUUUGAUCCCAUUUACUCCCUGAAUUAUAUCAUUUCCUAUACCCAUGAUUUAAAAAUGUUCCUUUGAUUGAAUAUAUGUGGAUAUCUAUUAUUAUUCUUUCGUGUCAUUCUAAAAAUACCAGCUGCAACCUUAACAAAAAAAAAAAAAAAAAAAAAAAAAAAAAAAAA